AUGUCCAUUUACUUUUACGAGCCCUUCUACAACAUUGACCGUGUAUUUGACCGGCUCUUCGAGACUGCUUUCCCGCAGAAUGGAGAAAGCUCUAAUGCGGCGGGGAGGCCAAUACAUCCAAAAAUGGACCUCCAUGAAGAUGCCUUGAAGAACACGGUCACUGCGAAUUUCGAGCUCCCGGGCCUCAGAAAAGAGGAUGUCAACGUUGAUGUCCACGAUGGUCGCUUGACGAUAUCGGGUGAGAUAAAAGCUUCCUCUGAGCACCAAGAGGAAGGAUACGCUGUCCGCGAAAGAAAAUCUGGCAAGUUCUCGCGUAUGUUGCGGGUACCUCGAGGUGUAAGGGAGGAAGACAUCAAAGCCUCGAUGAACGAUGGCGUUCUGACGGUGACGUUCCCAAAAACGACCCCAGAGGCCCAACCAAAGAAGAUUACCAUCUCCUAUAAUCAUGAAUGUCAGGCAAAAAUUUUACAAUUUGCUCAUCUUCAUUGA